GUGUGUAUUGUUUAAACUGCUCAAAUCGGGCUCAGUUUCUCAGACGGAUAAAACUUCCCCCAAACAGAGUGAUGGCGGCCGUCGUGUCUGUUAGCACAGCUGCCGGAGGCGAAAGCACAGACACAGGGCUCAGUUUCGUCCCUCGUCACGAUAACCACGACCUCGCUACGGAUCACGAAAGCUGGAUGUCCGGUGACCGCCGGUUCCCCGAUCUCGAACCCGGCGAAGAGAACUCGACGUCGGACCGCGAGUGUCAGCGCAGGGUCGACGAGGACCUGACAUCACUGAGCCCCGAGGAGAUCGAGAGCCGCUUGGAGAGAACCCGCCGGGAGUUUUACAACCGGAGAAAGAUCAUCAUCAAGAAUCUUCCCUCUGACGUCAGCAAUCAGGAGGUCCAUGAGCUGUUGGGCAACUAUGACUUGAAGUACUGCUUUGUUGACAAAUACAAGGGCACAGCCUUUGUGACACUGCUCAACGGGGAACAGGCGCAGUGUGCCAUCAAAGACUUCCACCAGCAUGUGCUGCGGGACAGGGAGAUCUCCGUGCAGCUGCAGCCAACAGACGCCCUGCUGUGCAUCGCCAACCUGCCCCGCGCUUUCACCCAGCAGCAGUUUGAGGAGCUUGUGCGACCAUUCGGUAACCUGGAGCGCUGCUUCCUGGUGUACAGCGCCUCCACAGGGCACUCCAAGGGCUACGGCUUUGUGGAGUACAUGAAGAAGGACUCUGCUGCCAGGGCCAAGUCGGAGCUGUUGGGAAAGCAGCUGGGCUCCCGCAUGCUGUACGUCCACUGGACUGAAGUGGGCUCCCUCACGUAUCCACUCCUGCACUCUAAAUGCCUCUGCGUGGACCGCCUGCCCCCGAACCUGCUGACGGCCCAAGACCUCCGCAACGCCCUGGCUGACACGCAUGCGCCAGUCUUCUGCCAGUUGGCUCAGGGACAAGAUUCAAGUUUCCGGCGGUUUACGGUGUUAGAGUUUGCCUCGGCUGAGAUGACCGAGGAGGCUCAGCGGCUCGCUGACGGCAGGCUGCUGGGCGGGACACACAUCAGGGUGUCCUUCUGUGCCCCCGGUCCUCCUGGAAGAAGCAUGUUGGCUGCUCUGAUUGCUGCCCAAACUAUGGCUGUGAACAGGGGUAAAGGGCUCCUUCCUGACCCUACAGCCAUGCAGAUACUUACAGGCCUCAAUAACCCCGCCACCCUCAAGAUGCUGCUCAACCCCCUGUCACAGGGACCCAAACAAGGCCUCCUCGGGGCAGCCCCUACGAUGCCCCUGCUGGCCAACCCCGCCCUCUCAGCCGCCCUGCUCCAGCUGCUCCUUCAGAACCAGGCCAAGGCCCAGCAGCAAGCCUUUCUAGGAAAUCAUCUUCUGUGGGCUCAGGUGCUGCACAAUAAAGAAAACCCUCUAGUGCCUUGUGCAGGACUCAUUGGGGAGAAUCCUCUGGCUGCUAUGCCUGUCCCGCAGGGAGUCCAUCUGCUCGGAGACCUGCCCCAAGGGGGUGUAGUCCCAGGUCUCGGUCAUCAGAUGGAUUCUCUGGCCCCCCUAAAGCCAAUGCAACUUGGCAGGGCGCUGACGAGGGAGCAGGAGACUUCCUCUACUACCCUGCAGGGCAUCUCCAUGUCCCUGAUGCGUGGCAUGAUGGGGGCAGAUGGCCUCACAGCGCAUGGGGUAUCCAUACUAGGAGAUCCUCCUAAAGAUGGGAACCAUCCCCAGAGUGCCUUCCUCGGUGUCAACAAUGUGUUCCCUUCAGGAGGAAGCUGCAGACCUCACCCCUACAGGAAAAGGCCAACACUAAGUAAUGUGUCCAACCAGCACAUGCACCCGAGCAUUCAGCCAAACUACAACCUGCGAUACCAGGAUUCUUACAGCCCAGAAUAUCCUCCUCUACAUCAGGAUCCUCUGGCCCACUUGUAUGAGCAGCAGGAGAACCUUAGUGCUGAAUCCUUGGCAGGGUUCGGUCAGCAGCCCGACUACAGUGAGCGAUUCCCUCACUACAGUUACCCUCCCAGCGAAGCCAUGUCCUCCUACUUCAGCUGUGGGCCAGAGGAAUCCGGUAACGGUGGCCUUUCUACCACCCAUCUCAACCGGGCUGUGGGGAUGCCUCCUGUGAGCCACAGCACCAACUACCCACCAGGCCUGGAGAAUGCUGUGAAGACUCCCAUCGGUAGCCACAAGCGUUUGUUCAACCGGCUGAUCCCGUCUCCGGAGCCGAGCCCUGAGGGCGGCUACGUGGGCCAGCACUCCCAGGGCCUCGGUGGUCAUUACGCAGACUCCUACCUAAAGAGGAAGCGUAUAUUCUAACUGCAGCCCAAUGCUUCGAAGGCCAGGACACAAUGGCAUCUCCUCUGGUCUCUUCCACCACAUGGCGUUGUGGUCCUUGGAUUAUUCUCCAGUGUACUCCUGGUAGUGACCCCUAGAGGGUGCCAGGGAGCGCAGCCUGUAGCGAUCCAGUUGUGUCACUCCAUUGGAAUUCUUGGUGGUUGUAUUUUUUCCUGUUUUGUGUGUGUAUAUAUGAUUUUAGUGUGUUGGUAAAUUAAGUUUUUAUUUUUUUAAUUUGCCUUUUUAGUUUCCUGUUGAAAAACUUGUACAGUGAGAAAAAAAUGGUUAAUAUGCAAAUGAAGUAUUUCCUCUUGAGCAUUUUCUUUUUAAUUCCUGUGUUGAGUGGUGUACCAGCAGAGCUACGGCUAGUUUGGCCAGUUUUCAAUGGCAGCCAUAGGUUGCUUUUUUAUAAUGUUUGACAUCCCACUAAAGUGCUGCUGUCCACAACUUCAGCCAAAGUGACUUGCAUAGUAUUAAAAACAAGCUUUACGUUUUAAAUGGCCCUCCUAAUUCAUGUAAAAUUCAGUAGUUUGUGUAAUGAGAUGGUAUUUUGGUGUUUUUGUGCCCCCCUCCCUUUUACACAGGGUUGUUAAUUGAUUUUGCUGUUUCACUCUAUUUCUGGAUUCAGGCCUCUCAUUGGUUAACAUGCAGCGUUCCAUCCACCAAUGACGGCUGUAUGGACCUGGCUGUGUAUCAUGACGGUGAAGCUUUUGACCUCUGGCUUGUUUUCUCAAGCCUUAACUUUUUCCACGUAGUUUGUCUUUUGACCCACACCCUCCAACUUGUUCACGGAGUCCGUUUUUCUACACUGGUUUGAGUUAUGCACUUGGAGGUCACAAUCCUAAUCUGUUCUCUCCUCUAUACGAUGCCCUUUUCAAGUCUCCUCUCACUCAGAUGUUCAGGAGUUGAAUAUUUUCUGUGUUUAUGUGAGUUCUGUUUGUUAAGUUUUUAAAAUGUUGACUGUCUUGAAGUCCGAACGCCUCACCUCAAUGGUUGAAUUGGGUGGGUGGGGGUGGUGGAUAUGUGCCAUCUCUGGAGUCUGGGGAAGUACUAAUGGAAGCUAGUGGCAGGUGAUUGGUCGGUGACAUGACUGUUCUUGUUUUUCUUUCUCUUUAAAAAAAAAAAUAUAUAUAUAUUAUCUGGUUGACAGUUUGAUUGUGAUAACCCAUUACCUCUGACUUCUGCUAGGAAAUGCAGCUACACUUGAGCCUUAACAGUGUUUUCUGUAGUCUCAUCCUGCCCUGUGUUGGCUUCCAUCUACAUUUGACCUUUUCUGUGUUAUUUGCCGUGUAAAUAGUUGAGCUUGAUCAUUUUGAGUCCAAUAAGUUUUUUUUUUUUUUGUUUUCUUUAAUCAUACCUGCCUCUGGUCUGGUGUUUUCAAAUGGAUUUGCUGCUCCUCGUGUUUUUGUCGUUUUGCCUGUAUGCUUGGACAACCGAUGUGACGUCACAGACCACGAGAUGCAGCCGUGCUGUGCGAUCCUUCAUUGUGAACUGCCAUCUUCUCCGCUGUACCUCCCAUGGUUGUCUCUGUAUGUGCGAGUGUGUGAUGUGAGAGCAAGUAAAUGUUAUUUAAACUAA